AUGGCACAUUCUGAAAGAGCCAACGGGUUGCAAGAAAGUAAUCAGAGAUAUGGAUCUCUGCAAGAACAACUGCCUAAAGCAGGAAAUCAAGCUGUCGGACCUAUUGAGAUAUUCCGUUUUGCUGAUAAUCUGGACAUUGUCCUCAUGACUCUGGGAAUACUAGCAUCGAUGAUAAAUGGAGCCACUGUUCCUUUAAUGUCCCUGGUUUUAGGAGAAAUAAGUGACCAUUUUAUUAAUGGAUGCCUAGUCCAAACUAACAAAACUAAAUAUCAGAACUGUUCUCAGUCUCAAGAAAAGUUGAAUGAAGAUAUCAUUAUGUUGACUCUCUAUUAUGUUGGGAUAGGAGCAGCUGCCCUCGUUUUGGGCUACGUGCAGAUUUCCUUUUGGGUCAUAACCGCAGCCCGGCAAACCACAAGAAUCCGAAAACAGUUUUUUCAUUCGAUUUUGGCACAAGACAUCAGCUGGUUUGAUGGCACUGACAUCUGUGAACUUAACACCCGCAUGAAUGGUGACAUCAGCAAACUCUGUGAUGGUAUUGGAGAUAAGAUCCCUCUGAUGUUUCAGAAUAUAUCUGGGUUUUCUAUUGGCCUCGUGAUAAGCUUGAUAAAGAGCUGGAAACUCUCGCUGGCGAUUCUGUCCACGUCUCCUCUCAUAAUGGCUGCAUCAGCACUGUGCUCUAGGAUGGUCAUCUCAUUGACCAGUAAGGAGCUGGAUGCCUAUUCCAAAGCUGGGGCUGUAGCUGAAGAAGCUUUGUCAUCAAUCCGAACAGUCACAGCCUUUGGAGCCCAAGAGAAAGAAAUUCAAAGGUAUACACAGAAUCUAAAGGACGCCAAGGACGCUGGCAUAAAGAGGGCUAUAGCUUCAAAGCUGUCUCUUGGAGCCGUCUACUUCUUUAUGAAUGGAGCCUACGGACUGGCUUUUUGGUAUGGAACCUCCUUGAUUUUUGGUGGAGAACCUGGUUACACCGUCGGGACUAUUCUUGCUGUUUUCUUCAGUGUGAUCCACAGUAGUUACUGCAUCGGGUCUGUAGCCCCUCACUUGGAAACCUUCACUAUAGCCAGAGGAGCCGCUUUUAAUAUCUUUCAUGUUAUUGAUAAGAAACCCAAUAUAGAUAACUUUUCAACAGCUGGAUAUAAACCUGAAUCUAUAGAAGGAAACAUAGAAUUUAAAAACGUUUCUUUCAGCUAUCCAUCAAGACCUUCUGCCAAGAUUCUGAAAGGCUUCAAUCUCAAGAUUAAGUCUGGAGAGACAGUAGCUUUGGUUGGUCCCAGUGGCAGUGGCAAGACUACCACAGUCCAGCUUCUGCAGAGGCUGUAUGACCCAGAAGAGGGCUGUAUCACGGUAGAUGAGAAUGACAUCCGAACCCAAAACGUGCGACAUUACCGAGAGCAAAUUGGAGUGGUCAGCCAAGAGCCGGUUUUGUUUGGUACCACCAUCGGUAACAAUAUUAAGUUUGGCCGUGAAGGCGUGAGUGAAGAAGAAAUGGAGCAGGCAGCGAGGGAGGCAAACGCCUACGACUUCAUAAUGGCCUUUCCUAAGAAAUUUAAUACACUAGUAGGGGAAAAAGGAGCUCAGAUGAGUGGAGGCCAGAAACAGAGAAUCGCCAUUGCUCGAGCGCUAGUUCGAAACCCCAAAAUUCUAAUCCUAGAUGAGGCUACAUCUGCCCUCGACACAGAGAGUGAGUCACUUGUUCAAGCCGCACUGGAGAAGGCAAGCAAAGGCCGGACUACACUUGUGGUAGCACACCGGCUCUCCACUAUUCGUGGGGCAGACCUGAUUGUGACGAUGAAGGAUGGCGAGGUGGUGGAGAAAGGGAUCCAUGCUGAACUAAUGGCAAAGCAGGGACUGUACUACUCCCUCGCUGUGGCACAGGAUAUUAAAAAGGUCGAUGAACAAAUGGAGUCAAGGACAUGCUCCGCUGCAGGGAAUGCCAGCAAUGGUUCUCUGUGCAAUGUGAAUAGCGCCAAGUCCCCCUGCACUGACCAGUUUGAGGAAGCUGUACCCCAUCAAAAGACAACUCUUCCUGAAGUUUCACUAUUAAAAAUAUUUAAAUUAAGCAAGUCCGAGUGGCCUUUUGUGGUUCUGGGAACUUUGGCUUCUGCUUUAAAUGGGUCUGUUCACCCAGCAUUUUCCAUCAUCUUUGGAAAAUUGGUCACUAUGUUCGAAGAUAAAAAUAAAACUACAUUAAAGCAGGAUGCAGAGCUCUACUCUAUGAUGUUAGUCGUCUUGGGCAUAGUGGCUCUUGUCACCUACUUGAUGCAGGGGUUGUUUUAUGGCAGAGCAGAAGAAAUUUUAGCCAUGAGGUUAAGACACUCAGCAUUCAAAGCCAUGCUCUAUCAGGAUAUGGCCUGGUAUGAUGAGAAAGACAACAGCACUGGAGCCCUGACCACAACGUUAGCUGUGGACGUAGCACAGAUCCGGGGUGCAGCAACUUCAAGGCUUGGUAUCAUAACACAAGAUGUGACCAACAUGAGUUUGUCCAUCCUUAUCUCCUUCGUCUAUGGAUGGGAGAUGACACUCCUGAUUCUCAGCUUUGCACCUAUACUUGCAGUGACAGGAAUGAUUCAAACUGCAGCAAUGGCUGGCUUCGCCAACAAGGAUAAGCAAGAGCUUAAGCGUGCCGGGAAGAUAGCAACAGAAGCUGUGGAGAACAUACGUACGGUAGUGUCAUUAACAAGAGAGAAAGCCUUUGAGCACAUGUAUGAGGAGACGCUACGGACCCAACACAGAAAUGCCUUGAAGAGAGCACAUAUCACUGGAAGCUGUUAUGCGGUCAGCCAUGCUUUUGUGCAUUUCGCCCACGCAGCAGGUUUCCGGUUUGGAGCCUAUUUGAUUCAAGCUGGACGGAUGACGCCCGAAGGCAUGUUCAUAGUCUUUACUGCCAUUGCAUAUGGGGCUAUGGCCAUUGGAGAAACGCUUGUUUGGGCUCCUGAAUAUUCCAAAGCCAAGGCUGGAGCUGCACAUCUGUUUGCUUUGCUGAAAAAUAAGCCAAGUAUAGACAGCUGCAGUCAAAAUGGAGAAAAACCAGACGCCUGUGAAGGGAACUUAGAAUUUCGAGAAGUCUCGUUCUUCUAUCCUUGUCGGCCAGAAGUUCCUGUCCUUCAAGACAUGUCCCUCAGCAUUGAGAAAGGGAAGACAGUAGCAUUUGUUGGGAGCAGUGGCUGUGGGAAAAGCACGUGUGUUCAACUGCUACAAAGAUUUUAUGACCCCAUGAAAGGACAAGUGCUGCUUGACGGCGUCGAUGUGAAAGAAUUGAACGUGCAAUGGCUGCGUUCCCAGACAGCCAUCGUCUCCCAAGAGCCUGUGCUCUUCAACUGUAGCAUUGCUGAGAACAUUGCCUAUGGUGAUAACAGCCGCAUGGUGCCCUUAGAGGAGAUCAAAGAGGUCGCAGAUGCAGCCAACAUCCAUUCUUUCAUUGAAGGGCUCCCCGGGAAAUACAGCACCCAAGUGGGACUAAGAGGCAUGCACCUUUCUGGCGGCCAGAAACAAAGACUGGCUAUUGCAAGGGCUCUUCUCCGGAAGCCGAAAAUUUUACUGCUGGAUGAGGCCACUUCAGCCCUUGACAAUGAGAGCGAGAAGAUGGUUCAACAGGCCCUCGACAAAGCCCGGAGAGGGAGGACCUGCCUAGUAGUGGCUCACAGACUCUCCACAAUACAGAAUGCAGAUAUGAUCGUCGUUCUGCAAAAUGGAAGAAUCAAGGAGCAGGGGACUCAUCAGGAGCUCCUGAGAAAUGGAGAGACUUACUUUAAAUUAGCAACCGCGCAUUAGUAGUGGCGCCAGCAGGUGCACUGACGCUGCCGGCCUUGCUUGCACUUGGAUCUUGGCGGAAUGAAGAGUACACAGUCAUUUCUUGGCCUGCUCUAGACUCUUACUGCAAUGUCAAUACUUAGAAUCCUGACAUUCAAGUACAGACAUGUUCUGUCUAACUGUCUUCUCUUUAGAUUUUCAAAAGCAAACCAAGGGGGCUGGAGAGGUGGUCUGCGGUUUAGAGCACUGGCUAUGGUCUUCUGGAGGGCCCGGGUUUGAGUCUCAGCAUCCACAUAAUGGCUCACAACCACUUGGAACUCCAGUUCCAUGGGGUCCACGAAACUAUUCUGGCCUCUGUGGGUACCAGGCACACAUGUGUAGCACAUCCAAGAACACGUGCAAGAAAAAAUAUAAUUUUUUAGUUAAGUAGAAAAAAAAUCAAACCAAACAUCUACAAAAUUUACCUGGAGAAAGUGCCUGUAUCUCUUAUUCCAUAAACAUUUCCUAACGCAUUUUCUUGUAAACAGCUUUAGGCAAAACAAAGGCAUUUCUCUAUCAAAGUGUUGUGGUGAAAUUUCGGGAGAACAUCAUCUAGUUGAAAGGUUUCGGCUGAAAGGGUAAGGUGCGUAAAGUUAAGCUCGUGGCACUGCAGAGGCAUCUUUAAUUGGGAAGACAACUUUGUAGUAUAUCAGCAAACCGUCUGUGCCUCCUUUUUCUCCAGACUGUAUAAAUAUUCAGUUUCUAAAAUUCUGUUAUAUCCCCUCAUUGGGCACAGGUGGGGGAGUUUGAGAGUAGCACGGGGUAAAGUAGCCAGUAAGGGGAGAUGGCUCCUGCUCACCCCCCACCCCAUAGUCUUUCCUGAAGAUUCCAUUUUAAGCAUUGGGUGUUCAGUAUGAAGCAUCAGUUUACUGAAGUGUGAACACUAACUUAAAACAAACGAUCCUUCUGCCGCACGUGAGAAUCGCUUCUCCGUAUUUGAUCAAACAAUUCAUUUAAAUUCAUAUGAACUUAAUAAUAUGUAAUAUGUGAUUUACAAAUUCUACAUAAAUGGCAAUAUUAGUUAACCAA